UGGGACCACACCUUGAAAAGGUCCACACAUUGGAGUAGAAGGGCUGGGGCAUUUGAAGCCUUGUGAUAGGAACUGUGUGAAGGAAAUGGAGCUGUUUAGAUAGGAGACAAGAUUGUGGACAGGGCAGGUUGGGAGGAGGGCUUAUAGGUCACUCUCUAUCAAUACCUGCCUACUAAUCAUGAUCAUGUGAGUGAGGACUUAGACUUGAUCUGUAUGAGUCUAAAGGGCAAAAAAGGGCUAACUGUUGGAAGGUUCAAGGGGGCAGGUAUUGGACACAAUCUUAAAAGAUCUAAUAAUUAGAAUUGACUGAAAAUGGCUUGGGUUGCCUUGGGAAAGUAGUGAGUUGAUAGACCAAUAGCCUGAUUUUAACUGUUCACACAUAUUCACACUUUGAUGGUUUGGAAUAGUCAAGUUUAGUCAUCGUUAUUCGUGGUUUUCAUAUUUUAACUAUAUUAAUCCAUUGAGGGUAGUUUUCUUAGCCAUCCUCUAUUAAAGGUAAAGGUUCUUUUCUGUACAUCCCAUUGGUAUAUCUUUGAAAAGGCAGGUUCCAUAAAACUAAACUAACAUGAAGUAUCUCAGAAUAUUAAGGAUACUAACUUCUAGUUAGUAUCUACUAUUAUAUAACUGCUAGUAUACUAAAAUAUCAUGGUAAUUUCCACAUACAUAUAUAUUCUAAUAUGUCAUAGUGACUUUGAAUGCUUUUUGAAAAGAUGCUCACUUCAGGUUAACUGUGCUAAAGAUUCUGAGCUUUUACUUUUUGGAAGUAAUCCACUUUUGUUGACGAUAAUGUAGGUCUUUAAAAAGCAUUGUUCAUAAUUAUAUCUUACACUCUCCAAGAGUAGCAAUACUACAGUUUGUUCAGACACACUGAUAUAUUGAUCAGUAUGAGGUCAAUAUGAGUAUAUUGUGAGAUGUCCUACGACAUCACAUUAAGACAGUUCAAGUACUGAAGGUUCCAGGAUGAUCUGUUCUUUUUAAAAUUAGGAAUGAUGCUUACCAUGUAUUUGCUUCUCAUGAAAAGAGAAAUGGGUAGAAUUACAGACAUCUUUAGAUGUAAGAUGUCUUGUAAGGUGUAAGAAACUUGCAUAACCCCUGUGAACAACCAUAGGAGAAUGUGAAGGUGGAAAAAUGUCUUUGAUAGUAGAAUUAGAAUUCCUAUUCAGUAGGAAUUGAUUGUGCACAGGGGGAGAUCAGUUCUGGUGCUCAUCUUAUGGUAUGAUUCUGUAAGGGUGAAAUGAAAGGAUUAUUAAAAAAUAAUCCAUAUGAUACUGGUACACUCAGCCCAGUGCAAUACAAAUUAGUGUAUUUUGGUAUGAAAUACUUGUUAAUAGACAUAGCAAUUUUUGGUUAUAGAUUGUUCUGGUACUUGGUAGUAUGGGCUUGUACAUAUGUAAAACUAGGCCCCUGAGAUUUUUAGGUAAUGACAUGUCUCCAGUUUGUUGGAACUGUCAUGCUAUCUUUAUCAGUUUCCAAAGAAACGUUUAAAGUUAGUUCCGAAGUAGUCUUCCUGAUCAUGUAUGCAAGACUUCAUGACCAAGCUCCCAGAUGAUCCAGGGAGACCAAAUUUUGAGGAAGGUGGACCAACAUCAGUAGGGAGAAAGCAUGAAUUUAUACGCUCAGAAAGUGAAAAUUGGCGCAUCUUUAGAGAGGAACAAAAUGGAGAAGAUGAAGAUGGAGGUUGGCGACUAGCUGGAUCAAGGAGGGAUGGAGAGAGGUGGCGACCUCACAGUCCUGAUGGCCCUCGUUCUGCAGGCUGGCGGGAACACAUGGAACGACGUCGAAGGUUCGAGUUUGAUUUUCGAGAUAGAGAUGAUGAACGGGGUUACCGAAGGGUUCGCUCUGGCAGUGGGAGCAUAGAUGAUGACAGGGAUAGCUUGCCCGAAUGGUGCUUAGAGGAUGCUGAAGAAGAAAUGGGCACAUUUGACUCAUCUGGAGCAUUCCUCUCUCUAAAAAAAGUACAGAAAGAGCCUAUUCCAGAAGAGCAGGAGAUGGACUUCCGGCCUGUGGACGAAGGGGAGGAGUGCUCUGACUCUGAGGGUAGCCAUAAUGAAGAGGCCAAAGAACCCGAUAAGACAAAUAAGAAAGAAGGAGAGAAAACAGAUAGAGUAGGAGUUGAGGCUAGUGAGGAAACUCCCCAGACCUCAUCAUCAUCUGCUAGACCAGGUACUCCUUCAGACCAUCAGUCUCAGGAAGCAUCACAGUUGGAGAGGAAAGAUGAACCAAAAACUGAGCAAAUGGAAAAAGCUGAAGAGGAGACUCGGAUGGAAAAUAGUCUACCAGCCAAAGUGCCCAGCAGAGGGGAUGAAAUGGUUGCUGAUGUCCAGCAGCCCCUGUCGCAGAUUCCUUCAGAUACAGCCUCUCCUCUUCUCAUACUUCCACCUCCUGUUCCCAAUCCUAGUCCUACCCUCCGGCCAGUUGAAACGCCAGUUGUAGGUGCUCCUGGUAUGGGCAGUGUUUCCACAGAACCUGAUGAUGAAGAAGGUCUCAAACAUUUGGAGCAGCAAGCUGAGAAAAUGGUGGCUUAUCUCCAAGACAGUGCACUAGAUGAUGAAAGAUUGGCAUCAAAACUGCAGGAGCACAGAGCUAAAGGAGUGUCGAUUCCAUUGAUGCAUGAAGCAAUGCAGAAGUGGUAUUACAAAGAUCCUCAGGGAGAAAUUCAAGGUCCCUUCAAUAAUCAGGAGAUGGCAGAAUGGUUUCAGGCGGGCUAUUUUACUAUGUCUUUAUUGGUGAAGAGAGCAUGUGAUGAAAGCUUCCAACCUCUUGGCGAUAUCAUGAAAAUGUGGGGAAGAGUUCCCUUUUCUCCAGGUCCAGCCCCCCCUCCUCAUAUGGGAGAGCUGGACCAGGAACGACUGACCAGGCAGCAAGAACUCACAGCCUUAUACCAGAUGCAGCACCUGCAGUACCAGCAGUUUUUAAUACAACAACAAUAUGCACAGGUUUUGGCCCAACAGCAGAAAGCAGCCCUGUCUUCCCAGCAGCAGCAGCAGUUGGCACUUCUUCUUCAACAGUUUCAGACCCUGAAGAUGAGAAUAUCUGAUCAGAACAUCAUUCCCUCAGUAACUAGGUCUGUGUCCGUGCCAGAUACUGGCUCUAUCUGGGAGCUUCAGCCAACAGCUUCACAGCCUACAGUUUGGGAAGGUGGUAGUGUAUGGGAUCUUCCUCUGGACACCACGACACCAGGCCCUGCCCUGGAACAGCUUCAGCAGCUAGAGAAGGCCAAAGCUGCAAAGCUAGAGCAAGAGAGAAGAGAGGCAGAAAUGAGGGCAAAACGGGAAGAGGAAGAGCGAAAGAGGCAAGAAGAACUCCGAAGACAACAGGAAGAAAUUCUUCGGCGACAGCAGGAAGAAGAAAGGAAAAGGCGAGAGGAAGAAGAACUUGCCCGAAGGAAACAGGAAGAGGCUUUACGUCGCCAGCGGGAGCAAGAAAUUGCAUUAAGGCGACAGCGAGAAGAGGAAGAAAGACAGCAGCAAGAAGAAGCUCUUAGAAGACUGGAAGAGAGGAGAAGAGAAGAGGAAGAAAGGCGGAAGCAGGAAGAAUUGUUACGCAAACAGGAAGAGGAGGCUGCAAAAUGGGCCCGGGAAGAAGAAGAAGCCCAGCGUCGAUUAGAGGAGAACCGGCUGCGGAUGGAAGAGGAGGCAGCCAGACUCCGGCAUGAGGAAGAAGAACGGAAGAGGAAGGAGCUGGAGGUCCAGCGGCAGAAGGAGUUAAUGCGCCAGAGGCAGCAGCAGCAAGAGGCUCUCCGGAGGUUGCAGCAGCAGCAGCAGCAACAACAGCUGGCGCAGAUGAAGCUUCCUUCUUCUUCAACGUGGGGCCAGCAGUCCAAUACAACAGCAUGUCAGUCCCAGGCCACGCUGUCGUUGGCUGAAAUCCAAAAACUAGAGGAAGAACGAGAACGGCAGCUUCGAGAAGAGCAAAGGCGCCAGCAGAGGGAGUUGAUGAAAGCUCUUCAGCAGCAGCAGCAGCAGCAACAGCAGAAACUCUCAGGUUGGGGGAAUGUCAGCAAACCUUCAGGUACCACGAAAUCUCUUCUGGAGAUCCAGCAGGAAGAGGCCAGGCAAAUGCAAAAGCAGCAGCAGCAGCAGCAGCAGCACCAGCAACCAAACAGAGCUCGUAACAAUACGCAUUCCAACCUGCACACCAGCAUUGGGAAUUCUGUUUGGGGCUCUAUAAAUACUGGUCCUCCUAACCAGUGGGCAUCUGACCUAGUCAGUAGUAUUUGGAGUAAUGCUGACACUAAAAACUCCAACAUGGGAUUCUGGGAUGAUGCAGUGAAAGACGUGGGACCUAGGAAUUCAACAAAUAAAAAUAAAAACAACGCCAGUCUCAGUAAAUCUGUAGGUGUGUCUAACCGGCAGAAUAAGAAAGUAGAAGAAGAAGAAAAGUUGCUGAAGCUCUUUCAGGGAGUAAAUAAAGCCCAAGAUGGAUUUACGCAGUGGUGUGAACAGAUGCUUCAUGCCCUUAAUACGGCAAAUAACUUGGAUGUUCCCACAUUUGUUUCUUUCCUGAAAGAAGUAGAAUCUCCUUAUGAGGUCCAUGAUUAUAUCAGGGCCUAUUUAGGAGAUACUUCUGAGGCCAAGGAGUUUGCCAAGCAGUUCCUUGAGCGCCGUGCCAAACAGAAAGCCAACCAGCAGCGUCAGCAGCAGCAGCAACAGCAGCCGCCACAGCAGCAGCAGCAGCAGCAGCCGCCGCAGCAGCAGCAGCAGCCACAACAGCAGGACUCUGUGUGGGGGAUGAACCACAGUACACUCCAUUCAGUAUUUCAGACCAAUCAAAGCAACAACCAACAAUCCAAUUUUGAGGCUGUGCAGAGUGGCAAGAAGAAGAAAAAGCAGAAGAUGGUCCGAGCAGAUCCCAGUUUAUUAGGAUUUUCAGUCAAUGCAUCAUCGGAACGACUCAACAUGGGUGAAAUCGAGACGUUGGAUGACUACUGAGCACCUGCCAGUGGACUGGCCAUCCCUCUCCUGUCUGCCGACUAUGGAGUCUCCACCUUUGGACACAACACUUACUCACCAUUUACUCUUUAUCACUGCAACAAAUCACAGAACCGAUCAUCUCAGGCUUUUUCUUCUGGCCCUUUGUGUCCAAGAUUCUUUAAUCCAUUUUUGUUGGUGAACAUCUCAGACUAUAGAUAAGUGGACUGGACCCUGUGUCUUGGGGGUGGCAGUUGGGAUUACUCCCCAACAAGGCUGAUUUUGGGCAGCAUGUGUUCACUGUGCUGUGAUUUCAUCUACUGUCUCCCAGAAAGUGUGUUGGGAUCGGCCAUUAGCAGCUUGCUUUCUCUUGUCACUUUUUUUCUUCUAUUUUGUUUUUUCUUCUUCUUUUUCCCCCCAUCAGGGCAAAUGGUCUAACUGGUGCAAUCAUGAAGAGAGUUAAUGGUUAACAGACAUUGGCCAAUAACAAAACACCCCACGGACUGUGACUCGAGUAUCCAACAGGCAGUCAGAGCUCUCCCGGUCUGAAAGUUGCAUUGCCACUGCUUACUUUGGGAUUGCAUCAGAGAGGCCCUGAGUGGGGUUGAGAUGAGGUUGGAUUGGUUUGAUGUUACACACUCCUCACUUGUUCUUUCUGAGCGUCCUUUCUCUGAAAGGAUUUAUGUUUUUCUUCGUUAGAUAGUGACUUCUGAGCAAGCUGAUUUCCCCUGGCAUACUCCAACCUGAUUGGACAAAGGAAGCUCUAUGGCCUGGGAGAGAGACUAUUCUUAAUUUUUCUUUCUUACAAAAACUGAUUUUUCCCAUAAAUAUUUUUACUUCAGAGGACUAGGACCAUUUUGUUUUGGGCCCUUCUGCUGAAAAUUUGUCUCGUUUAAGAGGCAGCUAGAAUCUUUACCAUAUGUAUGAAUUUGUAUAAUUUCAUUUUUGGAUAGGGAUAAACUUUUGCUUCCGAUAAAAGCCUGGAAUUUCAUCUGGUCCUCAGAGCAUUGCGUGUGUGUCUUGCUGUAGCCCAGAAAAGGUUUUGUGUAAAGAUUCUGGGAUGGCAAGUUGUUUGCCUUUUCUGAAAAGAGAACAUACAGAACCUGUCCAUCUUUAAGACCUUCAUCCAUGGAAUCUACUAUACAGGAGGAUGCAGUGGGCUGGAGGGGAUGGGCGAAAAUGGGAGCGGGAAGCCUGGCCUGGCUUCUGGUCAUGGCCUCCUAAAACCUUAAACUUCAAGUAGAAAUGUACUCAAGCCCUAUUUAUAAACAAAUACUUUUCCUGCCUCCACCAAACCCCUACAGAACAUCACCUGGAAUUGCCACUCACACUGGGUUGGAGUCAUUGGGCAGCUGUGCCUGUGCGAGAGGUGCUAUGGUCUGGGCAGCCCCUGGAAAAGCACCUUUGCUUCCUGUCAUUGUUGCCUGAAGAAGGCUGGAGUUGCUCUGAGAGCAGUUUGGGUUUGGAGUAUUAUAUUUGGCUUCUAUUUUUAUUAUUUUUGGAUCACCAUUCUCCCUAUCCCUUCUUGCCUCCCUCCCUUCUAAACAUGUAUAAUAACUAUACAGAGACUGCUACAAAAUUGUAUAUAGUUUUUGGAUCAAAUAGCAUGAGGGGAGAGGAAACCAUUAAAAAUUGGGGCUCCUACUCUCCUUUGCUUUGUAAAUUCAAAAGUGGGGGGUGGGUUAGAGGGAUAGUUAAAAUGUUUACAAAACUUUAGGCUCCCUCGGAACUUUUGCCAGUGUGGAGGAAAAUAAAAAAGAACUUAAAUAAAA